GUUAGUUUGAGACAAGCUCCUCAUCCGAGGCCACCUGCCCCACAUCGGGUAACCGAGGAAGAAGGGCGCACUGCGGCUUCAUCUCUGCCGUUUGUCGGGAGGCAGAUCCGACCUGGAGGUGUGUGUGUGUGAGCAAGAUGGAGGGUGUGUCAGAGUGUGUGUGAGCCAUGGCCUCCACGUUACCCCAGCUGCAGUUCGGCCGACUGCGUGGGGUCCGGGCUAAACUGCUGCGGCGCUACGAGCACCGACCUUUAGUGUCGUGUCUGGCCGGUCUGUACAGCUGCCGGUGGGGACGCUACGAGAGGAGCUGCACUCAGCCAGGAGACUGCUGCUGCAACAAGCUGGAAGGUGUCAGCUUUGCUCUGCUGGUGACGUCUUUCUGCUUAACACUGGUGUUUCUCUACUUCUGGGGACAAGCAAAGAACGACUACAAUGACUUUGACUGGUUUAACUUUGGGAACUUGGGCUUCUGGUUUCCUUGGUCUGUGGUGCUGCUGGUCAUUGCCGCAGGCUUCUUCACCUACAUUACCGUACUAAUGCUGCUGGCUGUUUGUUUGCUGUCAGAGGGCCAGAAGCUUUAUUUACACUGGAGUCACAAGAUUGGGAUCUUGGUGAGUUUGACGUUCUCAGUCGUAGCCACCGCUGUCUUAUCUGACCUGUGGAGUAAAGAAUGGAAGACGCUACUACUUUCCUUCCAGGUCACCGCCCCUUUUUUACAUGUGGGUGGAGUCCUACUGAUGACGGUGCUGGCUUGGCCGAUAGCUUUGCAUUUCUUUCGCAUGAACAGUAGAGUAAGGCGGGGCCUGAUCAUGGGGGUGUACCUGUCCAUCCUGUCGGCCCUCUACCUGGUGCCCCUCGGCUUGUAUUCUCCUUGUAUUAAAGAGGACGGGUCCUUGGGCCCCGCGCCGGCCCUCAUCGGCCACAGAGGAGCACCCAUGCUUGCUCCAGAAAACACACUGAUGUCUUUCCAGAAGGCCGUGGAAGCAGGAAGUCAUGGUCUGGAAACGGAUGUCACGAUCAGCGUUGAUGGGGUGCCCUUUCUGAUGCAUGACCACACACUGCGACGGACCACCAACAUCCACCAGGUUUUCCCCAACCGGACUGACACUCCGGCUGCCAUGUUCACCUGGGCUGAGCUGGAGAGCCUGAACGCUGGGGCCUGGUUCCUCUCUCACAAUCCGUUUGGUACAGCUGGUUCUCUGGGAGCAGAGGACCGAGCGCAGGCGGGGAAGCAGUCUGUGUGCACCCUGCAGGCCUUCCUCCAGCUGGCAGCUCAGAGAGACAAACUGGUGAUCUUCGACCUCUACCGCCCACCCAGAGGUCACCCGUACAGGGAUACCUGGAUCCAACGCACACUGGAGGUCAUCCAGAACGAGUCCUCCAUUCAGUCCUCGCAGGUGCUGUGGCUGCCAUCAGACCUGCGGGCUCUGGUCCAGGAAAUCGAUCCCGACCUCCAGCAGACAUCAAGCAGUCGGCUCCCUCUAGAGGAGCUCCAGAGCAACCACAUCGUCAAACUCAACCUGCACUACAGCUCCAUGUCCUCUGAGCUCACCAGCGAGUUUGCUGCAGUGAACAUCAGCACCAACCUGUAUGUGAUCAGCCAGCCGUGGCUCUACUCUCUUGCCUGGUGCACUGGAGUCCAGUCAGUCACCACCAACGCUCCCCAGCUCCUCAACGCCAUGAGCUCGCCCCUUUUCCUCAUGAGUCCAGACCAGUACAACCUGAUGUGGAUUCUCACAGAUCUUGUGUCCCUUGUCCUGAUCAUCAUCAUCUUCAUCUUUCACUGGUGGCGAGAGAGAGGACUGGCUUUCUGCUCGGGCAGCAAAAUCACUCUGGACAAUGGCACUUACAGCAAGUUUAAAACAGAGAUGAGUGAUAUAUGGUCAGUCUCCAGCACCAACUCCCAAGCAGAGAAGACGCCCAGCCUGGCGACCAUGACUGAGCACUAACAUCUACCUCGGAGAAGAGUCGACCCGCCGCCCCCUUCUCUCCAUACUGCCAAACUGUAAGAUCUCAGCACAAAACACUGUCAAGUGCACUUUGAUGUAAUGAAAUAAAGUAACAGAAACAUUU